AUGGCAGUGGAUGGAAACGACGUUAGGAACCUGAAAAGCUCCAAGGCAUUCCAGUACCUGCACAGCCACAAAGACAGGGAGGGCCCCCAGACGCUCUGCGACCUGUGCUUGGCUCAGGUGUGCUGCAGCUUGGAUGUCCUGUGUAGCAAACGGGCAGAUGGCUCUCUGCUCCUCAUGUCAGCAUCCCUCUUCCCUCAUCAGAUGACUGACCAGCUACUGCAGAAGAUGGCCAAAAAAGGGAUACUGAACGAGAAAACCAUUGGGAUUUUCCGGAACCAUGAAGAGCUGCGUUUGAGUAGAGUGUCCAUCCGCCACUGUUUGUUUUCUGUGGAAGCUUUUCGACAGGCCGUCUGCCCUCACCGGCUUCAAGAACUGGAUGCAUCCUGGCUUGCUGGAGACAUCACCGGCGCUCAAAUCAUCUCGGGCUUGACGUUCAACUCCAGGUGCGCAUCUAGUCUGUGGAAGUUGUCCCUGAACGGGCUUUGCAUGGACUGGGCCUCUCUAGAGAAGGGGAAAGUUGCACUCAGAUCCCUGAAAGACUUGCGGACACUCAACCUUGCCAGCACAGACCUGUGUAACGUCGCCUUAGAAGAAUUCUGCACUCUCCCGCAACUGGAGAGUCUUGAUAUCUCUUGCAGCGCCAUUUCAAAUCUUACAGCACUUCUCCAAUGCAAGAACACUCUCAGAUCUUUAAUCGCCCAUCGACUUAGGCAACUGGACAUGUCGGCAGCGAGUUUGCUGUCUGUCCUCAGCCAGCUUCAAGCCAUGAAACAUUUGGAUUUCUCGGAUGACCAUUUAACAGCGGAGGAUGGUGACCGAAGUGACGGAGAUUCGGUUGCGAGUCUUCUGUGGGCCGGUCUGCAGGUUCUUCCGUCUCUUGUAUCUUUGGACGUGUCAGGCAGGAAGGGAAUUAGGGAGGCGGCAGUUAAUGCAUUCGUGGAGGCCAGGAAGGAGCUGGUAUUCUUGGGUCUGCUCGCCACUGGAGUUAGCUCCUGUGGUGUCCUGUCAACAAAGAAAAACCUCAAAGUAACUGGAGAGGCUAAUGAGAAGCAGUUGUGUGAGGCCCUGAGAAGGUACAGAGACAGAGAGUGUUUCAUCCGAGAGGCCCUCUUCCAUCUCUACAAUUUUACCACCGACUCUCAAAAACCACAACCAGAAAUGCUGGAGCUGGUUCUGAGGGCUAUGCAGAGCCAUCCCACAAGUCUUCAGAUCCACCUGGUGGCCACAGCUUGUGUGUUCAACCUCACUACCCAUGACCUUGCUGAGGCCAUGUCUGCACGACUGCUUUGCUUCACUGUCACCCAACUUCUGUACAGCAUGAAGACCUUCCAAGAACACACACAGGUCCAAACAAAUUGCCUUCUGGCACUCUGCAGCGACUACAUCCUUCAGGAGGUCCCCUUUGACACGUAUUUAGCAGCCACGCUGGUGAUUAACUGGCUGACCUGCCACAAGGAUCCUACACUUCAGAGGAUGGCUGUCGCUGUCAUCUCCAUUUUGGUGGCCAAGUUGUCGACAGCGGAAGUCGCACAGCUUGGCGAGGAUGUCCUCAUAAUGAAACAGCUGCUGUCAAUCGUGCAGGAGAGGGCCAUGUUAGGCGUGGUGGACUCCACUCUAAAGUUUGCCUUGAGAGCUUUGUGGAACCUGACUGACGAAAUGCCAGUAGCCGCCCGCAACUUUAUCCAGUGUAAUGGCUUGGAACUUUAUGAAGAACUUCUUGAGUCAUACCACAGGGAAUCUUCUAUUCAGCAGAAGGUUCUUGGGCUUUUGAACAACAUUGCAGAGGUGGAAGAAUUGCAGACAGCACUAAUGGAGGCAGACUUGUUAGAGCACAUCCUCAGCCUCCUGCAGGACCCAGAGAUCGAGAUGGGGGUCCGCUACUUUGCUGGGGGGAUUCUUGCCCACAUUACUUCCAGACCAGAAGCUUGGCUCUUGGAAGAGAAGUUGCGUGGCACCAUUCACAAGCAGCUGCAUGUGUCCAUUGCAGAGUGGACAGAACUGGAUAAAGAAAUUGUGUUCUACAGGUCCUUGCGUCCAUUUUGCCACCUGCUUCAGACAUCUCAACCUACAGGGGUGCAACUGUGGGCUGUGUGGGCUAUUCAUUUUGUCCUCACUCAAAACACUUCACAUUACAGCUGGAUGCUGGAGCGUGAAGGCGUGGCUGAACUUCUGAAUGCUCUGACCGUGCAUCCCGAUACACACAACAUCAUUAGGGGACUAUCGGAGAGCAUCUUGCUUAUGCUUGAGCGCCAACAACCAGAGCCCUUCAUCAAGCAAGCAGAGCCUCGCAGCUCCUAG